AAUAACGUAAAGAAAGAGAGAGUGAAGUAGAUGGUCUUCAUUUCACACAGUGUGACUGUCCUUUACGUGGCUCCUGCUCGUUGAGUCUCGUUAUCCAGGGCAUUAGGAGGGCGACAGGCCAUGCACAAAGUACCAGGCCAGGGGAGAUAGUGCUGCUUAUAGCCUCUAUUAGAGAAGAGAAAACCGAAAACUGUCCAUGUUUUCACCAACCCUCCCGUGUGUGUGCUGACAGAUCAUCGGGCAUUUAUCAAUCUGUGUUGUUUACUUCGUCGACUUGAAAAAAAAUCCCUUCGUCUAUCCCUUCAUAUCAGCUACCCCCUUAAUUUCUGCUAUUUUUCGCGAUGGGGUGCUCUUCGUCCAGCGCGCAGACAGUUGACCAGGAGAAGAGACCAGGAACCAAGCACGAGGAGAGCAACGGAGACACCACAUUCAUUGUCAAAAAUGGCAUCGUUGCAGAGGACACAGAGACCAUUGCGGACCAGAUGCAGCUACCGGUGCAGAGCGCCCUGCUGGACGACUUCCAGCCUGGAACCUAUGAAGAGGCUGAGCUGGUGGCCAUAGCCCAGGAGGCAGACGAGAGCCUGGGGAUGGAUGUCGAGGAGGAGACCCUGGCUGUGGUGAUCUCAGAGGCAGAGCCAGAGAGCUUCGCCCCACUGGAGGCCCCUGAGACUGUGGUGGUAGAGGCUGCACCAGAAGUGGACCCUGAACCUGGAGCUGCUGUUGAGGCUGUGCCAGUGGAUGUGGCUGCAGUAGAGGCCUCCCCUGCCCCUGUGGAGGCUGCUGCUCCCCCUGCAGCGAGCGAACCCGCCCCGGAGGCAGAGGCAGCUCCGGCUCCUGUGGCUAUGGAGGAGAUCUCAGCCCCUGAGCCCCAGCCUCCAGCUGUGGAGGAGACCCAAGAAACCAUGGAGGUUGCACCACCAGCAGAUGCCCCUAGUGCCCUGGAGGUGGUGAUGCCCCCUGCAGCAGUGGUGGAGCCAGUGAAGGAGGCUGAGUCUGCUGCCCCAACUCCAGCAGCAGCAUCAGAACCAGCUCCAGCAGCAGCAGUAGCAGAGCCAGCCCCAGCAGUGGCAGAACCAGCUCCAGCAGCAGCAGUAGCAGAGCCAGCCCCAGCAGUGGCAGAACCAGCCCCAGCAGUAGCAGAGGCAUCUCCAGCAGUAGCAGAACCAGCCCCAGCAGUAGCAGAGGCAUCUCCAGCAGUAGCAGAACCAGCCCCAGCAGUGGCAGAACCAGCUCCAGCAGUGGCAGAACUAGUUCCAGCAGUGGCAGAACCAGCCCCAGCAGUAGCAGAACCAGCUCCAGCCCCAGCAGUAGCAGAACCAGCUCCAGCAGCAGCAGAACCAUCUCUAGCCGUAGCAGAGCCAGCUCCAGCAGCAGCCCCCAGUGCACCAGUGGAGGGUGCCCCAGCUCCAGUCUCAGGUGCAGACCCAGCCCCUGAACCCACACCGGCUGCUCACGCACCUACUACCAUUCCUGCCACUAACCCAGAACCAGCCCCUGCCCCUGAACUUACCUCGGUCCCUGCUUCAGCUCCUGAACCAGUUGUUGCUCCUGAACCUACCCUGGUCCCUGCUCCUUCCCCUGAACCUGCUGUUGUUCCUGCCCCUGAACCUACCCCGGCCCCAGUUACUACCCCUGUUCCAGUUGUUGCCCCUGAACCUGUUGUCGUCUCUGCUGCUGCCCCUGAACUUACCACGGUCCCUGCUCCUGCCCCUGAACCUGUUGCUGCUCCUGAGCCUACCCCGGUCCCUACCCCUGAACCUACCCCGGUCCCUACCCCUGAACCUGUUGCUGCUCCUGAGCCUGUUGUUGCUCCUGAACCUACCCCGGUCCCUACCCCUGAACCUACCCCGGUCCUUGCUACGGCCCCUGUUCCAGUUGUUGCCCCUGCUCCUGAACCUGCCCCAGUCGCUGUUCUGGAACCUGCUCUUGCUCCUGCACCUUCUCCAGUUGUGGCUUCUGCUCCUACACCUGCUAUUACCCCUGCUCCAGUCAUUACCCCUGCUUUUGUGCUCCAAGCUGGAGUGAAUGUGUUGGAGACAGUGGCGGCGCAGGCAGCUGAAGUGGUCCUACAGGAAGCACAGAAGGCCAAAAAGGACUAGAGGUCCUCACCCCAACAUGAAGAGGCCUCUGCGCCAAGUGGAAUGAAAAUGAUGAAUAUAUGAGGAAAUAAUGCACAAACCCAAAGAUGCACGAGAAAAAGGCUACUGGAAAACAAACACACACUUUUACUGUAAAAGCACACGCACACACACAAACACACACACAUGCCUAACUAGCUGCAGACCAGCUCCAUUCGAUUUUUACUGUGAGUUCUUACACCAGGAUGCCUUCAUAACCUGUUCUUCCAGAAAGAUCACACUGUUUCCUCCAUUUGUACAUAUAAUAUUUCUCACUCCUGGUACUGGCAUUGUUACUGAAAGAAGUGCCUUGAGCCUCGCAGCUCCCUCAAACAGACUGUUAGCUGCUGUGCUGAAGCAGGAUGAUGCACGACGAUGGAUACCAGAGCACAACUGUGAACAGGCUACAGGACAACACUGUCACUUUCGAAACAUCAGGGUGGAGUGGCCGUGGUGCGGAUCAGCUUCGCGUGGAAAGGCUACCUAGAUUCAUUACUACUUAACUAGCUGCUCCAAUGAUGAGGAAUACAAGCCAAACAUAUUAUAACAACUGUGAAUGCAAAUACAUGUUACAUGUUAGCCUAGCGCGCUCAACCAGGCGAAGGAAGAUGGACUCACCACACCCUUUCCAUGGUAAUCUAAACCUCGCUAAUGAUGAAUUCAAAAAGGGUUGACAAGUACAUGUAGGUAUGUGAAUACUAAAGGUUUAACUGUAGAGCAGAGUGUUGAUAUACGAUGGGAUGAGUUUAUGUGUGUUGCGUGCAUGUUAGGGCUUCUCUUUCCUGUCGCCUUGUGUAUAUAAGUUUGUCAUUAAAAAGCAAUUAUGAAUGGAAGUUACUCUGUUUAGGUGACCAUCUACGCUAAGGAAACAGUACAUUGUACCAAAUGCAGACUGAGUGAGGCUGGUGUGGAGGAGGUUAUGUAUUGUAAAUCAAAUAUUACAGGAGUCAGUGAUCAUGUUUUUUCAUCCAGAGGACAAGGAUCAAAGUCAAGAAAGCUUCCAUUAGCGGAUCCAUUAACUCUUAUCCUCUUGUUCCUUCAGGCUUUACAACAUAACACACCAACACAACACUGGGUUUGCGGUGCACCUCCUACAGAAACUGAUCCUUUUAACCCUAAACAUAACAGAAUGAAGACCAUUAUAAAAUGGCUUAGGGAAUUUGACAUGUUCAGACUCCAGUGUCUGGUCCUUUGACAGUUUUGAAGGCUCAGUCUCACCUCAUACCAUGGUUGGGAAAGACUGUGCCUGCUUGUCUAAUGUUGGUUCGUAUGAUGACGAUGGGUAGCGGGAUCAAAUGUUUUUCCAUGUUCUUUUUCUAUGCAAGGCCCAGAAACGAUCACUCUUCUGUCGUAUGUUAUUUCUGAGCUGUGUAUGUGAUGUGCUAAUGUUUUAGUGUACAGUCCAAAUAAAAUCUUGCUUACUAAUACUCAGA